GACUACAACGACCACGACCUGUCAAAGGCCGUGAAGGGUCUCUCAGUUGACUACGGAGGUCACUGGCUUUCUAAGUGGGUGAAUUCCGCCAUCCAUAUUAAGGCUCAAUACAAUUCAUUUUUACAAGAGAGACGCUUCUCACACAAUUUAUUCAUUUUUACAAGACACGACUUCUCACUGUUUCAUGCCUCUUAGGAAGAUCAUUCUCAAGAAAUGGACUCCGCCCAAAGAGUUCCCCGACUCGAAACAAUACCUCAAGAACAGGUACAUGAAUGAAUGAAUGAAUGAAUGAAUGAGCUCUCACCAUUCUAAUUUUUGCGUUUCGUGAUGUGGAUGAUGCAAAUCGACUUCCUGGCGGAUCAUUUUCCGUCGAGGAAGUCUUUUUACCGAAGAAACACAAAAUGAACUACCUUUUACUAGGAGAAGCGUUGAUUACAUUCACAACAUCUCUUCAUGAUGACUACACGAACAAGGACACGAACAUUUAUUUUUAAAGCCUUGAGCAUACCUUCUACGAACUUCGUUACGUGCGAAAGCGAAUGUGACGCUAUCAAUCAAAAAACAAUUGUUAGAUGUUGUCAAGGUAAACUAAAGAUGAAGCAGCCAAGAGAACCAAAAUCAAUUUCUAUUUUAAAU